AACAGUUAACUUGCAAGUCACCAAAAUAGUGCUACAUGUGAGAACUGAGCUGUGUAUUGUUGUGUGCAGGUCUCUAUGCUGGUGGACGAUGGCAAUGAUGGCAGUUUGGGCAGCAGUGCUGAUGACAUGUGGAGUCUCCAUAGGAAUAUCAAAGAGCUCUGCAGAACCUGGGUUAAAAGGUCAAGUUCCACUGGAUUUGGCUCUGAACACUGUUGACGACAUGUACGCUGGCUGCAAAGAAAAGAUGGAGUACAGAGUGAAGAAGGAGUUUCUGGCGAAUGAGAAAAACAAAGACAAAAAUUUCACCCUGGCCUGGGGCGAAGCAGAAAAAUACUACAACAAAAAAUGGAAGCGUAAGAAUGGAAAGCGACCUUCCACCUCUCUGGGGAAAGAACAGAUCAUGGCUAUUUAUGUUUACACCCUCGACAAUCCAAAAAUCUAUCUUGAUUUUAACUACGCAGUUCGAACCCAGAAAUCUAAGUACAAGACCACAUUUAGGUAUCACACACUUCACUUUUUCCUGACUGACGCCCUCCAAACUCUCAACACUCGCAAACCGGAAAAGGAAAGAUGUCUCACUAGCUACCGCAGAGUCAACAGCUACUUUAGCCAAGAUGUUCUCAACAAGGUGAUACGCUUUGGCUCUUUUACCUCCAGCUCAAUGGGUUGGUACCCCAGUGCUGAAAGAUUUGGAGACAAGUCAUGCUUUGAGAUUAUCACAUGCUUUGGAGCAGACGUCUCUCUGUUCUCUAAGCUCGGGGAGUCUGAGAGAGAAGCCCUGAUUCCUCCUUAUGAGGUAUUUAAAGUCACAAAGAUUGAGAGGAGAUCUGGCCAGAAGAGUCUUCUGUGUGAGGUGGUCUAUAAACUGAAAAGCACAGGAAAACACUUUCAAAUUUGAAUUGUGCUCUUUUCUGAUAUAAGCAGUCCUACACAUUUAACAUAUAACAAAGCAUGCAAAAUAAUAUAAUGGGUUGAGAAACCAGAACAGUGAUUUCACAUUAUGCUCAAAAUUCAUUUGGAUAUGAUUUAAAUAAUGCGUGAUGGGAUUUUUCUUGAUAUAGACAUAGGAAA